CUGCAACAAACAUGUCAGAGCUUUCAGGUGCGAGAUAAAAAUCGUUGAAAUAAACAAUGUCCGCGCAGAGUUCCAUUGAUCGCGGUCCGGAAAACACUUGGGAAGGUCUAGACGAAGGUGUUAAAAAGGCUGUCAUAUCUCUUAGAGACUUCGCACGGCAGAGGGAGAAGGAUUUUCAGUAUGUGAUUUCUCUUAGUCCCUCCGAAUUGGGUAGCUUCCUGAGUCAGUUUUAUUCGUCAGUGAAAGACCAACCCUUGUCUAGCACCGACGAAGAAGGCAGUGCCGGCGUCAUACCUCUACAGAGAAUUCGUUGUGAUCUUCGUGAAUAUUUCAAGAAAGUUAUGAGUAUAGAUAUUUCCUCAGGUGGAGAUUUUUUAGAAUGCAACUCAAUAGUUGAUGAUCACCCAUCUAAUAAACAGUCGCCAACAGUCUCACAGCCAGCCAAAGAAACAAGCACAGGAUCAAAGAAUGCUGUGAUGAAGAAGCACACAAGACAGCGAACAUUUACGUUCGAGACUAACGAACUCCGUCAGAUUUACAUGAGUGAGGCGAUGAAUUUAGAUCAACCUGAAACGUUGCAGAACAAAGUAUUUUUUGACGUGUGCAUGUACAUUUGUAAUCGUGGAAAAGACUUCCUGCGUCUUAUGACAAAAUCCGAUUUUGAAGUAUCCACCGAUCAAUCAGGAAGGCGGUAUGUUUGGCUUAAGUUUGAUCCGAAGUUCAGCUUUAACGAAGUUGCAGGCGGAACAUCAGCUGACGCCUCCAGGGGAACUCAGAUUGGUGAACGGAUGUACGAACGACCAGGUGAUCCAAAGUGCCCGGUGCUGUCAUACACACAGUACACAAUCCACCUUCAUCCGAUGUCCGACGCCUUCUGGCAGAGGCCCAAGCGGAACAUUCUGCCAACGGACAUCGUGUGGUUCGAUAAUCAGAGCAUCGGUAACAGCACUCUCAACCGACUUAUGAACCGGAUCACAAGUUCAGCUGGUUUACCAGACAGUUACGCAAUCAACGCCAUCAAGCCCUCAUACAUUCCGAUCAUCGAGUCAAUCUGCCGGUCAGCCCUAUUUGGGAGCCAGCAGUUCCGUCGCAUUCUACACAUGAAGCAGUCAAAUCAUGACAUGCACUAUGUUCGUAAACGUCACUCGGAAGGGUCAUUGUCCAUAGCGAGUGUACUAAGGGAAAGCCCCUUGUUCCGGCCUCGGCACUCAGAGCCCCAGCUGCCCUUAUACCGACCCCUCAGUCAGGACACAGACAUUGCCCGGAGCUGCUCAUCCAGCCCUGUCACCAGGGCAGGAAGUUGGGACUCUGGUUCCCCGCAUAUGAUGCCCCACAAGACACCCGAGAGGAUUGAAACCCCAGAGACCGGGUACCAGCAAUACAGGAACUGUGAACCCGAACUUACCCAAGCUGGGUACCAGCAAAAAUACAGAGAGGUGAAUGGUGCGCAGGACCUUUCAAGUAGUAGCCAGGCUUCGAGCAACAACCAUCAGUACCACGAGGAGGAAGGCAGAAAGAUUAUAGAGACAGGAACAAUAAUGCAAGCCAAGCAGAAAUGUCUGGACAUCGUCCACAGCCUCGAAGUUCGUGAUAUCAAGUCGUUUGUUGCCUGGAUGAAGACAUUUGAAGUCAAACAUGGAUCAUCAGGUUUGAUGGUGACAUGCCAGCCUGUCAGUGUUGGAGAGUCCCAGCAGCCGCAAGAUGUUGCUAGGGCAACAGAGCAGAAUCAUGUCAACGGUUUUCGUGAAAAUUUAUGGGAGCAAAGUCAGAGGACGGAUACUCAGAAAAGCAGGGAAUUCACUGCGAAGGAUAUAGAAUUUGACUGUAUUGGGGACACUUUCUGUUGUACAUCGGAUAUUGCUCCGUUGAAGGUGACGAUACCAGCCCAAGAUACGCUAUUGUUGACGGGAGUGCAGUCAGACACACAGGUACUCAUACACAAGAAGCAUGAUGAGAAGCAGUCUCCCCUUGAUGAGAAAUACUCACCUCUUCACCAGAGAGUCCUUAUUUCCAAAGACAGCUACAGCUUACAAGAAGUCAAUAGAGUCUUAGUUAAGAGAAACAGCUCAGAAUGGUCUCAAUUUCAAGAAAAUGUAAAUAAUAUCCAAGAGUCUGGGCGACCAAAUUUUAAAGAAGACAAAUCCAUCCCAAUGAAAAAGCGUAUAGUUCUAGAUCAGGAGUCUCAGAAUGUGUCCGGGUCCCACUCAAACUCCCCCCAGCAAUCUUACGCCAAUUCUCGAUCACCCCCACAACCCACCUUCUCUCAACACACGAACACGUCCGCACCACAUGGCUACAUGUCCCCACCCGGGUUCUCCCACCCUGGUCAACUGCCUGUUAACAUGACCACUGGGAAGGCACCUGCCAUAAAUCAAGCCCCACCUCCAAUGACACAAGCCCACAGUUAUCCAGUUGUAACUGGCUCAAACCAGAUGCAUUCUGGGAUAUCCCAGGGAAUCCCCUCUGUGCCUAAAUAUAGAGAGAGAUUCCCAGAAGGCUGGGGGUAUUUUCCACUGCAAAAACGCCAAAAGUUUGGCAUACAAAGCAAUGGGAACGAUAAUGAACGGCCUCUAGAGCUGAUCAAGCAGUCAUGAAGCUUCAGUGUUAAGUGAAAUAACAGUUGUGCUGUAUAGUCAUGAAGCUUAAGUGUUGAGUUAAAUAACUUUUGUGCUGUAUGUUGGUCACAUCAGGCAUGAAACUUAAGUUUAGAGUUAAGUAACUCUUUUGCCACCAGUUGGUCACCUAUUGUCACAGCCACAUACAACGUAGCAGUCAUAAAGCUACAGUGUUGAGUCGACUUACAUCAUACCAACCUAGCAGAAUAAUUUUUGAAGCCAGCUUGAUAUUUCAGUCACAGUUACUUAUAUUAAGGGUAGUAUUUCCUAUCGUUCAGAAAUUAAACAAGUAAGAAUUUAAAGGUCAAAUCUAUAAUGGUGAUCUUAUGAAAGAAAUGUGUCGACUAAGUAGUACAUCACAAUUAUAAAGAAAUGUAUACAAAAUUGAUACUGUGACACAUUCUCGAUUCCUGCUAUUUUUGAUUUAUUACGUGACUAUUUGUUCAUGGUAAGAUGAUGUUUAGGCAGUUGAAUAUGUAGAAAUAUAAUCAGGUAUAAUUUGGUCUUGAUGUUUAAAUGAAUUCAAUCAAAAAAUCCAAUUUGUCAUGUGCAUAAGCUUGUAUUUACAUUACAAGGGCCAAAGAAUUAGGAAAGAUGCAUUUUUGUGAUCUUUUAUCUUUGAUCUCGUUUCUUCUCCGUUUAGUUUGUUAAUUUUUCAUGACAUUUAAAUGAAACAUUAUUUGUCAUUUUUGGUUGUUAUAUUUAAGUACUUUGUUCAUGUAUAAACAAUAUCAGUUCAGCAAAGCUCAUAAUUUUCUCAUAUUACAUUAAAAUAUAGCUUUUCCUGUUUUUUGCCAAGAAUAUUCCAAGGUAUAAUCAUUGCCUUGGUGUCGUUCAGUGUCAGUGUGGUGAUGUUAUGGAAAAAACUUUACAUACUUAUAUCGAAGACUGGUUUCAAUCUUUAUCUGAUUGAGAGAAUUAUUAGGAUACGUAAAUACAUAGGAAUUUUAAAUAUCUUCUUCGAGCAAAGAACAUGUUUAAACAUAUUUUAUUGGUCUCAAGGUCGGAAGGUGACAUGCCAUAACUGAAAAACCUUUGAUGAUAUUACUGGUAACAUAAAACAUGCUCUGUAUAUUCAGAUAUGACAUAACGCACUUGUAAAGCAAGUUUUCUAACUCUGGCUAACACAUUUAUGGAGUUAUUCCCCUCGAUUGGCUGAGACAAAUAGACUGGCGUUGUAAGCCACUUGUAUACCUCUUAAUUCCUUAAUAUAUGAAUACCGGUACAUAGGCGUUGAUGGAACUGGCAAAUGUUAUGUUUCUAGUUGUGCACUUUAAACGCUGUCUUAUUUCAUGACCUAGUUAUGACAGGAAAUUGGUUUGAUGUAAAGUCACGUAAUACCGUUUUUGUUUUAAUGGGUUCCAUUUAUGUGUUAUAUAUUGUGAUGUUUUUGAACUUUUAUUACUACAUGUAAUCAUGUUAAACAACAUAGAAAUCCAGACAUUUUCAUCGGCAUGUUUUUAGUAUAUACAGAUUAUUCAUACCUUCAUGUUGGCAACUAACAGAGGGGUUUGGAAACGCAACGUAGACCUGUACUUGUGUGAGUAACUUCGCAACAACUCAAAUUUUCAAUAGGCUUUAAUAGAAUCGUGUUUGACAUGUCUCUCUUUUCACCUACAGGAUACAAGAAUCUUUAUGUUAAGUCGGCUAUAAAAUUGGGGCAUAUGAUAUCGAGAAACAUUAGCUCAAUGAGAUAUUUUCUGACAUGAAUAACAAACAAAUAGCUUAACAAAACGAAAAUCAAUGUACAUGGGAAUUUCAGCAUGGUGAAAUAAUGUGUAGUUGGUAAUUAAAUGGUAUAAAUUAUAUUUUUUUUACUUUAGCUUGCUAGAAAAUAUCUUGGGGAAAGUUCGGCUAAGAGGAACUUAAUUUAUCCUUAAAAAAACAUGGUUUCUUGUGUUGUAUAUUGAUUUUAAAUUUGUACAAAAUACACAUACCUUAGCAAGUACUUCACACAUACUCCUACAUACAUGUACGGUACAUGUAGCGUUUCGAAAACCACUCUAAAGUUAUAGAAUUGUUGGAAUUCAAUUUAUGCAUACUCUCAUCUAAGAAUUUGUACAUUCACACAUAUUUACCGUAUUUUUCAUAAGUUUUUAUAUGUUAUGUACAUAAACAGUUGUAUAUAGAGAAUUGUUAAAUAUGAUAUUUUCUGUCCUUUUAUGUGUGACUUGACACUAUGUUAUUUUUUUACAAUACAUGUUUAAGCUAGUUUCGAUUCUCAAAGGUAUCGAUAAAAAAAUUCAUUUGCGAAUUUUUCUAAAGGAAAAUUCGAUGCAUUGCAAUACAGAAAUUCAAUGAAAACUAUAUUAAUUAUGUCAAAUUUAAUGAUUUUCUUCUUUUGACAUUAAAGCAAGAGUAUAUUUUUUUAUUUUAUUUUUGUUGAUGAUUUUUUUAAAUUUGUAUAUUUGUUAGUUGUUUAAAGUCUUUUUUGACUGUGAUUUAUGGCAUCAUGAAUUGACAAAUAAACUAAUGUUUUGUUUACAGAUUAAAAGUUGUGUCUUUGCAAGAUUUUGUUUCUCAUACUUGUGUCUAAUUGGGUUAGAUACAAGUUAAGCGUGCUUGUUUCACAUUUAUAAAUGUAUAUAUGAUUUUAGUUGUUGUUAUUAACAGUUAUUUCAUGUAAGAUCCGUUUGUGUUUGGAAACUAAGUUAACACUCUUGAUUGAAUUACUCAAUCCACCUGAAUAAGCAUUUAAAUUUAAAUUUUUUGGUGUUAAAUCCAUUAUUAUAAAUUUAAUGUUAGUUUGUGCUAUUUUUGACAAUCUAAGAAGGUCCCUAUGGUUAAUAAAUACAAUUUUCAAAAAUCCUUUGAUUUGAAGUGCUCACAUGAAUUGUACGCAAAUGUGAAGGUAGGAGGUGUUUAAGAAAAUCAAUUUACUAACAUUAGCUUGAAGAUUGUUUGGAUAUUAUCUUUACUUAGAUUGGAUAUUAACAAUCGUUAUGAUUUACUAACGUCAGUGCUAUCAAGUUCUAUUAAAGUUGUUCAAAAUGAUUACAUUUUGACUAUUUUAGUUGAUAUGACGCCUAAAUCAGAUUUGGAUUAGGACCGCCCUCCAUAAUUAUGCUUAAAUUGGAUCAGGACCACCCUCCAUAAUUAUGCUUAAAUUGGAUCAGGACCACCCUCCAUAAUUAUGCUUAAAUUGGAUCAGGACCGCCCUCCAUAAUUA